AUGUUUAAUCUAACUGAUACGAUAAUCAAUUAUGACGUUAUACCAUUCGAUGAUACAUUGAUAAUGUAUAAUCCAAAUGAUCCAAUUAGUGUAAUCAGUGUGUUUCUGUCACUAUCACCAAUACUUUUACUCACGUUUUAUCUUUCUUGGUUAAUUAUCACAAGAGAACUAGAGUCGAUUAUUGUAGCAGGCGGGCAACUACUAAACGAAUUUUCAAAUAAACUCUUAAAGAGGAUCAUUAGACAACCAAGACCACAUGAAGCUUUAAUGGGACCAGGGUUUGGCAUGCCCUCUGCACAUUCGCAAUUUGUUGGGUUUUUUUUCAGUUACUGGACCCUUAAAAUGUGGUUGCAAUGGGGGAAACAACCCCCCAGUAAUUUAUUCAUAAGCACAUCGUGUUUACUAAUCUUCACAUUGAUGGUAUGUGGUUCAAGGAUAUACUUACUAUAUCAUACUAUUGAGCAAGUCACCUUAGGUUAUGUCAUUGGAAUAUUCAACGGCAUAGCGUAUUUCAUUGCAGUUGGCAUAGUGAGACAGCUAGGCAUCAUGGACUGGAUACUGACUUGGCCCUUAGCUAAAGCCGUGUAUUUAACCGAUUCCUUCAAUUUCAAUGGUGAAAGCUUACGGAACAGAUGGGCUAAAUCCGUUACCGCGGGUGGUCCUUCUUCUUCUUCUUGCUCUGCGCAGACCCGGUCCACCCCCGCGGAAAUAGGGAAACAGAAUCACGGAAUGGCGAAAGAGGAGGAAACAGGAAAAAAAUUAUUACAAAUUGAUUAA